AUGGCCAACGAAUGUUUUUCAUUAUGUAUUUUUCAGGUUAAUGUUGAUGAAGAUGCUAAGAAGGAGACUCUGUGUAAGCAAGAGCUGCAUCUGUCUCGAGCAACAGACGAGAGAUCCUUCUAUCGUGCAUGGUGUUCUGAGGCAAAAGCUGUACGCGAGCAACUACAAAUCAACACCCUAUCAAAGAAUGAGCCAUGCUCUAGAGAAGCAGCUUUCCACUAUAGCUUUGAUUUUGCCCAACAAAUUCAUUAUCCCUCAAAUCCGUUUCAACCCGGUCCUAUUUAUUUUAAAACUCCACGGAAGUGUGGAAUAUUUGGCAUCCAUGCAGAGGCAUUUCCCCAACAAAUUAAUUACCUUCUGGAUGAAGCUGUGGCCAGCGGCAAAUGGGCCAAUGUUGUGAUCAGCCUCCUGCACCAUUUCUUGUCAUUUUAUGGUAUUGGAGAGACUGACCUACGAAUAAAUGCAGAUAAUUGUGCAGGUCAAAAUAAUAUAAUGUUGCACUACCUAUGCUGGCGCACAAUCAUUGGUCUUCACCAUUCAACCUAUUUGCACUUCCUUAUGGCAGGGCACACCAAGUUCAGUCCAGAUUGGUGCUUUGGACUUUUUAAACAAAAAUUUAGAAAAAUAUUUGUGUCCUCACUGAGGGAGAUUGAGCAAACUGUGGAAGGUUCGACUAGUGAAAGCAAAAUUAACAGAAGCCAGCUUGUCGGAGAUCAAGAUGGGACAGUGAUUGUCCCUAUGUAUGCAUGGGAUACACUUCUUGGGGGAUACUUUAAGAAAUUUGUGGGUAUCCUGGAACAGCAUCACUUCUGGUUUACCAAUCAACAGCCGGGUGUUCUUUUCUACAAAGGUUUCACAGAUAGCGAGGAACAGAGCAUUAAAAUCUUGAAGCGCGACAUUAACCCUGUUGACAUUGACCCUGAGGCUAGACCAGUUGAGAUUGUCCCUGCUGGUUUCAGUGAUGCCAGGAAGGCUUAUCUUUUUAAGGAGAUAAGACCUUUUUGCAAAGCAGAAGAGAGAGACUUUGUGUGCCCUAACCCAAAUAGUUACUAAACCAUUGUAUGUUUCUCAUGACCCGCUCGCAUGUCUCUGUUUUCAUCUGUAAUAUUUACGCACUUUCAUAAUUGUUUGGCCAUAAAUUCAUCCUGUUAAAUUCGUUAUACUAUUACCUUUAAGUAAGAACAAUGAAGUGAUGCAUUAAAAUGCCCUAUAUACAUAAUUAUUUUCAGGAAUCCACUCUUUGUCCCCCGCCUUUUGAAGAAAGCAGGGGAUCACGUUGGCUAAGUGGGUAAGGCGCUGGCUCGCUAGCCUGGAGGUCGGGUGUUCGAUCCCUGUAUUGGCCGAGAAAGUUCAUCCAGAUUUUCCGGCGUGGUUCCCCCUUGUCAGUGAUGCAGAUCCCUUGGCAGUUGGAAUUCGAUAUAAAAGUAGGCCGUAGUGCCGCUGUCCGGGCAAAAUUUCCCUCAUAGCACACUGUAUGGCGUA